AUGUACAACCCACUAGAUGCGAAGGGUGUCUAUAAGGCGAGACAACAUGAUAACUACAUGGAGGCUUCGGGAGAGUACUUUGCUACCAAGCCCACGAUGGUUGUGAUGACGGUACAACGCAAGGAGCCCUACAUACAGGCCUUCCUCUGGUCCUUCCUGGCAUUCAAUGCGGAUCCUCGUCCGCACCUUUUUAUCAUUAAUAGGGAGGACAGUGACUUGCCCAAGGAAGUUUACGCUAUGUCGGAGAUUACUGUCCGGAAUGCCACUCCAUUCACGGCGACUGAGUACCCCCAAUGGAAGCGGGCACUUUACUUGGACCACAUCGAUGCCUUGGACAUCUGCUUGGAAGAGGACCGCCCAUGGUGUUUAGUUUUCGAGGGGGAUACUCUCCUCACUGUGAACUUCAUGGACAAGUUUAUGCGGUUUGUCUCACAUGAGAAGAAUGUGGCCAUGGUGAAGCUGUUUGUAUCGGACCAUUGGUCAGGAUGGAGCGCUGCUGAUACCCCACUGUUCGUGUUCGUGGUCCUGGCAGUCGCUGUGUCUGUCGCAUUUUAUCUGCGGCGUAGGGCUCCUUUGCUUUCAUGGAAAGAACGUUACUCCUAUGGCAUUGUCGCAGGACUGCUUAAUCCUUUUCAUAGGGUCAGACGUGAAGCUUGUACCCACAACGGUUGA